AUGCCUGCGAAAACUGUGUCCGAGAGCGUCUAUAAACUUUGCAAAGCGAAACGGGAUGAUAUUGAAAUAUUUUCUGUAAAAUUGACCGACUCUGCUCUGAGGAGCCUUGAAACCGUCUCUCUUAAGCAGUCCAACCCAAUUAGGAUUUCAGUUGAUGGAGGCCGUGGAAAUCUGUAUAUCCCAGGGAAACAAGCCUGUGUUUCUUACGAUCUGAGUAUUUCUCCUCUUCAUCAGACUUCCGAUGGAACUGUCGACGUUAUCCAAUUCUUAGGGUUACGUGCAAUCAAUCUGGGAAAGGCCGUUUCGAAGCUAACGGUUCAGGCGAAUGCAGAUAGCUUUUCUACCGCAAAAUUAAGAAUGGCUGAAGCAGAGGAUCAUAGGAAAAGCCAUUCAAAGCCCUCGUUUGUAUCGAGUGUAAGGCGUUCCUGUAUGCGCGAUAGCAACUUGAACCCACGUUCCGUCCCGACCCCACCCGGUUCCCGCAAUCCUGAUUCGAGGAUCUCGCCUUCGUCUGUUGCCCGGAGCUGUAGCCCGUCGGUGGCUAAUGUGUACAAUAGUCCUGCUGCCGCAAAUGCUGAAGUUGGGGCGCGCUCAUUACGGGAUCGCAUCAUCCAUUUACUAGCCAUUCAGUCAUAUCAACGUCCAGAGCUGCUUUUGAGACUAAAAAGAGAUGGGCUAACUGACGAACAGAAAGAUGAAGUUGAUAGCAUCCUGGGCAAGGUAGGACGAUCCGGCAGGCAGGGCGAAUACCGCCUUUCCACAACGUUUAUUAAUUUGAUCGAACCGAAUUGGCCUGGGUAUUCUCCAUCAGAAAGAUGUGCUGUUGCGUCUCUUAAGGCAAGUUGCCAUGCUAAGCUGUCAACGAAUUCUCCGAGCAAUGUAAACCGCCUUUCCGUAGAGGGGAGUGUAGCUUCCCGUGUGACGCCGAGCAGUAGGCAGAACUCGCCUCUCAUAGCGCCACCAACGACAGCGGCGGUGGCAUCUGUGGAGGACUUUGGGCGGAAGCCGACGCGUGCCAGCGCCCCCUCGGCGCCGCAUGCGCUUAGCAAGAAGAUCGCAGCGCUGGAUCUCCUCGCCUCAGGCCUCUCCUUGGCUUCUGUUGCCGCCCAUCAUGGAAUUACCCUGACGCUCUUGGAGAGCUGGAAGAAUAACGAGGCCACUUUGCGACUGAGGUAUUCUCAGCGUCGUGGCUGUACGAUGCCUCAGCCUACCGCUGCGCCACUUUCCUCGAUGCAGGAUGUAUCCAAAAAUGCUACAUACUGUGUUUUCGCUGCCAGCAACAGUACUAACACAUCAAAACCCAGUGUCUCCAAACGCGCCCGACUCUCAUCUGAUGAGAGUGGUGUCCACUCUUGUGGUUCCACCUCCUCCGUCUCGGGAAAUUGCCUUUCUUUUCAAUCUGUGCCUUCCUCCACUAACUCUCACUCCGGCACAACCGCUAUUCCUGCUGCUCUGCCUCUUGUUCCACUCCUGUCGAAUUCCCUCAAAGAUUCCUCUCCAUUGGGUCUUGAUAAGCGCUCCCCCUCGAGCCGGAAGAGACCUUUUGAUGCGCUCUGCAGCAUUGGAGGCGAUGGUGGUGGUGCUGGUGGCGUCGGCGUUGCAAGUGAUGACCAAUCGAGACGGACUGGCUCUCUUUCUUUGCGCCCCGUCGACGAGCGCCCAACUGGCGCUCAGCGGCAUCGUCCAUGCGACCGGGGCAGCGAGACCAGUAGCUGCGGCGACAGCUGUAGCCCUCUCGUUGAGGCAACCCCGCUGUCACAGUUCUAUGCUCGUGUACCGGUGAUUGAUCCUAAGUCAGAUAAGGGACAGCGGCUCUAUCCAUGCAACGAGGAGAAAACCUCUGACCUCUCUGAUGAAGACUAUCUUUUUGACAGCGUUUCGUCCAAAAAUGCUGAAAUCGAGAGACUGUAUCCUGCGAUUUCCAGUGCUAGCCAGGCAGCAGCCUACCGCGAAGCCUUUGAGUCACUAUAUCCCAAAUAUCUGCGCCUUUAUGAGCACUUUCGUGUUGCUUGGGACAAGGUCAUAAAUCUUAAGGAACGCAUACUGGCUCUCGCCGGUGGUCCACACGUGGAGCAAAUGACUCGUCUGGCGACGGAACUAGACGAAUUUCUUAGUUGCAUGCGAAAACCUGAAAGACGUGAUGAUGAAGUGCGUCUUCUGGUGAUGACUUUUAAGUUGCAGCAUCUGAAACAACGUCUAGCGACAUUCGCGUCUCAGGAAGAUACUUCUGGGACUGCUUCUUUUCGGAGCUCUGACGCACAGCUUAGACAGCCACAUGAUCACAAUGGAUUUCUUCGGGCCGGUGGCGUGUGGAUAGGCUGA